GCAGUGACAGCCUUAAACCUGUGCUGAUCAAAGACCAGGAGGAUAAUCAGCAAGCUCUGGGCUCGUAGCACGCACAAGAGAGAAAUGACUUCAGAUGAGUGGUCAGCAGCUGAGGACGAAGGCCAGCUCUCCAGACUCCUCAGGAAAUCGAGAGACUCCCCCUUUGUCCCCAUGGGUAUGGCAGGGUUUGUGGCUGUGCUGACCUACGGUCUUUACAAGCUAAAUUCCAGAAGAGAGCAGAAGAUGUCCCUUCAUCUCAUCCACGUGCGGGUUGCUGCCCAAGGAUGUGCAGUGGGAGCCGUGACUCUAGGUGUUCUCUACUCUAUGUAUAAGGAUUAUAUCAGACCUCGGUUCUUCAAUGUACCCAAAAAAUAAAGCCAGAAGCUGGAAGCAAGGAUGACCAGCUCCUUCAGUGCUGAGCAUCAGAAAAAGGAAUUCUCAUUGUGUUCUGAAUCAUGCUACAAAGUGUAACUCACGCAGAAUCCUCAUAGAAUCUGUAUCUUAUGAUGCUAAGAAGUUGCUCUCUAAAUCCAC